AUGGUGUCUGGGCUUCGUCUUGUUCUCGUGUCCCAAUUGCCUGUACGUUUGCAUCGGACGCGCAGCCGCCCAGAACAAAAGCAGCUGCGACUCUCAGAAUGCCAUCCUGUGUGUAGGGUAUACUUUCAUGCUGCUUAUUAUUAUCUGGAGGAUCCACCAUUUGUGUCACAUACUGUACCAACAUUACCAAAUUCUGAUUGGUGGAAGCACAAACAAGAAUCUCAUGUUGUAACAGUGGAUGGUUUUGCUAGGCAUGUUGCUAAUUUACAUGUUGAUGGGGAUAUUGGUUUUAGCAAAGAAUAUGAAAUUAUUCAAGAGGAGUCUAUGAAUUUUGAUUUUUCAACUGAAUCAUCACAACUACCAGAAAAUAAAUCAAAAAACCGAUACCUCAACAUAGUUCCUUACGAUCAUAGCAGAGUUAAACUCCACGUUAAUAAUAUUCCAGGAAGUCAUUCUGACUAUAUAAACGCUAACUAUAUUGAUGGUUUUGAAAAAGCUAAUGCAUACAUUGGUACACAAGGACCAUUACCAUCAACAAUUAUUGAUUUUUGGCAAAUGGUGUGGGAACAACAUGUUCAUGUUAUUGUGAUGAUAACAAAUUUAGUGGAACGUGGCCGGAGGAAGUGUGAUUUAUACUGGCCAAAUGAAGGUAUUGAAACAUAUGGUUUCAUUCAGGUUAAACUAUUAAAAGAAGAACUUAUGGCUAUGUAUACUGUUCGUACAUUUCAAGUGCAUCAUACACGAGCUAAAAAGAAAAAAAACAUGCCAUUAGGUAGAACUAUAUAUCAAUAUCAUUAUACUAAUUGGCCUGAUCAUGGAACGCCCGAUCAUCCUUUGCCAAUUUUAAGUUUUGUGAAUAAAUCAGCUGGUGCUAAUCCUGCUGAUGCUGGUCCUAUUGUUGUUCAUUGCAGUGCUGGCGUCGGUAGAACUGGUACAUAUAUUGUAUUAGACACUAUGCUAAAACAAAUUAAAAGUGAAAAAGAAGUGAAUAUAUUUGAUUUCUUAAAGCACAUUAGACAGCAAAGAAAUUUUUUAGUUCAAACUGAAGAACAGUAUAUAUUUAUCCAUGACGCUCUAUUAGAAGCAAUAAAUUGUAUGUAUUCUAGCAUUAAUAAAAAAACCCUAAAAAGUUAUCUUCAAACAGACAUAGCCGAUUGUAAAAUUGCAUCAUUUGCCUCAGAUUUUGAAAAACAUUAUAAGAUGAUAACAUCAUUUGUCCCACAAGAAUAUUURUUACUUUCUGCAAAUAAACCAUUUAAUCAAAGUAAAAAUAGAUCUCAAGAAUUUAUUCCCGUUGAAAAUUCUCGAGUGCACUUAACACCAAAACCUGGAAUUGAAGGAAGUGAUUACAUUAAUGCAUCUUGGAUAAUUGGGUUUAAACGACUAGGAGAAUUCAUUGUUACACAGCAUCCUCUAGAAAAUACAGUUUUAGAUUUUUGGCAAAUGCUCUGGGACCACAAUGCACAGACUGUAGUAAUAUUAACUGAUAUGAGUGAAGACACGGACUCACUUAUUAAAUUUUGGCCUAUGGACUCUGACACAACAUUAGAUAGUGAUAAUUUUAAAGUUAAAAGUGUUCAAGAAGACAAAAUAGGAGAUGAUUAUGAAACAAGAGAUCUUGUCAUUCARUCUGUACAAGAUGAUUUUAUGCUUCCAGUUAGAUUAAUUCACAGUAAAUAUUCUGUGAGAGAAUUAUCCUCAUUGAUUAAAUUAUUAGAAAUUGUACAAAUGUGGCAUUUAGAAUACCAAAAUGGUCCAAUUGUUGUAGUAGAUAAAUAUGGUGGAACAGAAGCAGCAAUAUUUUGUUGUUUAACAACUAUAGGUAAGCAACUGCAACAUGAAAAUGUAGUUGAUAUUGCAUUGUAUGCUAAACUUUACCAUAAUCAAAGACCCGGCAUUUGGAAGGAUAUAGAAAAUUACUUAUUAUUAUAUCGGGCUUUGGAACUCAUGUCUGGAGGAAGCUGCUUUAAUGUAUUGCCAUCRACAUCAAUUACUAGUAUAAAUAAUGUGGCUAAUGGUAGUCAUAGUUCACUCACUUUACCAAAUGGAAAUGCUCUUUCGCCAAAUAAACAAAAUGGAGUAUUAAUUUCUCAAUCAUAG